AUGGCAGGUGAUGUUGGUGCUUUGGGAUGGUGGGAUUUAUUUAUAAAUUAUGGGAUCGCAGAGUGUUUUGCUUUUCUUGUUUGUACAAGAUGGUUUAAUCCCAUGAUUCAUAGGCCUCCUACUCAUGGGGAGGCUAGCUCAUCAUCAUCAGCUAUUAGAUAUCGUGAUUGGGAGAGUGGUCUUGUCCUCCCAUCACUGGAAGACCAUGAACAAGAGAGGAUUUGUGGCCUUCCAGACAUAGGAGGUCAUCUCAUGAAAAUACCGCUGGUGGUUUUCCAAGUUUUGCUUUGUAUGCGGUUGGAGGGUACACCACCUAGCGCUCGCUACAUUCCAAUAUUUGCUCUUUUCUCCCCACUAUUUAUUCUACAAGGAGCUGGUGUCCUUUUCUCGAUAGGAAGAUUGGUGGAGAAAGUUGUUCUGCUAUUGCGCAAUGGACCAGUUAGUCCGAAUUACCUUACAGUAUCAUCAAAAGUCCGUGAUUAUUUCGCUUUUCUUCAUCACGGGUCAAGGCUUCUUGGUUGGUGGUCUAUUGAUGAAGGGAGCAAAGAAGAGCAAGCUCGGCUGUUUUAUACUGAAUCUAACGGGUACAAUACAUUCUCUGGUUACCCACCUGAGGUAGUAAAGAAAAUGCCCAAGAAGGAUUUAGCAGAAGAGGUUUGGAGACUCCAGGCAGCGUUGGGGGAGCAAUCUGAAAUCACCAAGUCUACCCAGCAGGAAUAUGAAAGGCUUCAAAAUGAGAAGGUACUUUGUAGGAUUUGCUACGAGGGAGAAAUAUGCAUGGUCAUACUUCCCUGCCGGCACAGAACGUUAUGCAAGUCAUGUGCUGAGAAGUGCAAAAGAUGUCCAAUCUGCCGUAACCCCAUCGAGGAGCGCAUGGCUGUAUAUGAUGUUUAA